AUGAAGCUAGUCUACAAAGAAGACGGCGGAUGGCAUGGCUGGAUUGUCGUUUUAGGGAGCUUUAUUACUAAUGCUUUGAAUUUUGGUUGUCAAGUUGGUAUGGGAGUGUUUAUGGUAGAAUUCAUGAAAUAUUUCGAUGAAGGUGCCGGAAAGACAUCUGCUAUACAAGCAUUACAAGCAGGGGUAAUGCUUAUUCCAUCUCCCAUAAUCAGCAGCCUUAAUAACAGAUUUGGAACCAGGCCAUUGGUAGUAACUGGUGGAAUUGUAUCUAGUGUUGGUCUUGCAUUGUGUUCGUUUGCUAAUAGUGUGUAUGUUUUAUAUUUAACAUACGGAAUCAUAGUUGGCAUCGGGUAUGGAUGUGCAUAUGGACCAUGUAUUGUGAUUGUUGGUCAGUAUUUCCAUAAACGUCACGCUUUGGCAAACGGUAUUAUGUGUUCUGGAAUGGCUGUUGGUAUGCUUGCAUACCCACCAAUUGCUCGAUCGCUGAUUGACACGUACGGGUGGAGAGGUGCGUUCAUCAUUAUGUCAGCAAUUAAUUUAAACAUAGCUGUCUCCGGACUUGUGAUGCGACCGCCAUCUCAACAACAUCGGGUUAUUGCCUUAACCAAUGCACCACGCUCGUAUGAGGAUAUUGCUUCUUCCACUGGCGCAAAUACGCUGGAUAAAUAUGAAACAGAUGAAUUUACUCCGCAAGAUUUCAUUGAACCAACGAUGAACAAAACUACAGGUGAUACGGAAACUCUUGGUUCCGCGUCUUAUGUGCCGGUGGAUUCUUUUCUGGCAUAG